ACAUGUCAUUUGCCAAAAAUUAUUGUCAAGAGCGUUAGAAGCUAGCGAAGAGACUCAAGUAUUUAUUUUUGGAAGACCGUGAGACGAAAUAAAGUGGAUAUAAUUAAAUGCUUAGUGAAACAUGGUAACUCAUUUUGACCAGAAUGUCUACUGAUAGUUGCUUAGUGAAAGCAAUAUACUCCUUCAAGGGUAAAAACAAUGAUGAGUUAUGUUUCAAGAAAGGGGAUAUUAUCACUGUCACCCAAAAGGAAGAAGGUGGGUGGUGGGAAGGAACAUUGGGGGAAACUACAGGAUGGUUUCCUAGCAACUAUGUCACAGAAUUUAAAGAUGCCUCAGGUUCAUUAACAACUUCACCAAUAAGAGCACCUUCAGAGAUCCAAGCAUUUAGGAAUGUAGUGCUCAAGGAUAUUAUAGAUUCUGAGAAGGCCCAUGUGGCGGAGAUGCAGGGCCUUGUUAGCAAUUUUUUGCAACCAUUGGAGAAAAGUGAAAUGCUCACUAAGGAUGAAUUCAGGCAGUUAACGGGCAACAUAAAUGAAGUGUUGCAAGUCCAUGAGCAAUUUCUUGCUUUAUUAGAAGAGUGUGCAAUGAAGACGGGCCCUGACCAGCGAGUGGGAGGAUUGUUUCUGCAGUGGGCUCCUAAGAUCAAAACUGUACAUCAAACUUACUGUGCCGGCCAUCCUAAAGCAGUUUGCAUCCUUGAUAAGUACAAAGAAGACCUCAACACAUGGAUGGAGAAUGCAGGUGCAGUCUGCCCUGGAGUAUUAGUACUGACUGCUGGUUUAUCCAAACCAUUCCGUCGUCUUGGCAAGUAUCCUGCAAUGCUGCAGGAACUGGCAAGGCAUGUUCACGAAGCACAUCCUGACAGAGGCGAUACACAUCGAGCUUCAGUUGUCUAUAAAGAUAUUGCUAGUGCCUGUGCGGCGUUACGAAGACAAAAAGAGUUGGAACUCCAAGUAGUGACAGGAGAGGUGCGAGGCUGGCCCGGCGGGGAACUUACCUCGCUGGGCGAUGUGCUGCAUAUGGGCAGCGUGGCGGUCGGCCCCUCGCAUCAAGACAGAUACCUCGUCCUCUUCCCUUCUGCCUUGUUACUCUUGUCAGUGAGCAAACGGGUGUCUGCAUUUGUUUAUGAGGGUUGUCUUCCAUUAACCGGCAUAACAGUUUGCAAGCUUGAUGAUACAGAAACUAGAAAAAAUGCAUUUGAAAUUAGUGGGCCGAUGAUAGAUAGAAUAGUAGCUGUGUGCCAAACGAGGGCCGAAGCUGACAACUGGGUCAGCUUGCUGCAGAAACACUCCAACAACAGCAGUCCCUCUCAUGAGCCCUCUCAGCCACAAUCUCUACCACAUUUGACCCGCUCUCCCUCCGAAGGGGCGUUGUCUAGCAUCAACUGUAGCCGACGCAGCCUCUAUCACGUGACGCUGCCGCCGUCCAGUUACCCUUCUGCUUCACCUUACUAUUCACUAACGAAGUAUUUCGCACGACUUGUUAAGAAAAAAGUUAUCACAAGGCAAAUGCUACGUAAACUUUUACAAGAGAAGACAUGGGCUAAAGCGUUCGAAUUAACGGGAUAUCCUGUUAGACGAAGGCACAAAAAUCAUAUUAAACUUAAAAUCGACGACGAUGGUACAAUCGCCACAGAGACAGAAUGCUCUGACAGUGAUAGGAAUUCAGAAGAUAGUGAUAGGGAGAUGGAAACCACGGAUUAUUCAAACUCAAGUUGUACAGAUGCCGAAGCCUCCAGUUCAAAUAAUAAUCUUAUUAUACGACAAAAUGCUCUGGAUAGCAUCGGUCCUAGGACAAUAUCAUCGUCAUGUAGCAGUUGGGGAAGUAACUUUGGAUAUGUGCGUUACUUCGACACAUCCAACGAUAUGCAGUGUGACAUGCCGCAAACUAACGUUGUAGGUGACUGCACGAAAAACAUAUUCGUGUCCCUGCCAUCAGACGCUGAUCUAAGAGCCUCAAAUGAGUAUAAUUUACAAAGAUCAUCCAAAGCCAAUAACUUAAAUGUUAACCCUUCCCUGAAUCAACAUUCCGAUAGUGCUGAAAAUUCUAGUUUUGAAGUAAGGAAUUAUAAAGGCUGUGAGGAUUUGGUAAAUAUGGAUCAGAAUAUUCAAAUGAAUACGCUGGGUAAAGAAGAAACUGACUUUAUUCCAACUCGGCAAAGUUUCCCAAACUACAACGCACGCAAUGGUGCAUAUCCUAAGCUAUGGAAGUCUAAUGAAGAAUAUUACAAUCGAGAAGACGAUGACAACAAUAAUGUUAUCAUGUCCGACUUGCUGCAAGUGCUGGACCCUCCCUCGCCAAAACAUUGUCGCGACUUCCCUGUCGACUCGAUUAUCAUCGACCCUCCACCUAUGUUCCGGAACGAAAAUGAAGAUGUAAAAAUCUUAAAUGUUAAUCUUAACGCUAAUGUACCCUUUCGAAAACACUCUAUUAAUUCGGACAAAAGAAUUAGGAGAUCGAUGUCGAGGUCUAUGGUAGAAGCUGAAAACAAAAAGAAUAACAACUCGCAUCUCGAGAGAAUGAGUUCUCAGUCAGAGACUUCAAAAGUUCGUCGAAAAUGUGAAUGUUGCAAUCGAUCCUUAUGUCCGAGUCCUAGAUCUUCCGAUUCAGGGGUCGCUGGAAGCUGCAAUUUGGCCUCACCUGACUUAAAUAUGCACGGAAACGACUCCGACAGCCACGAAAAAGCAUCUGAUACGACAGAUUCUCUUAAUAACCUGUCACAAAACACAUUCGAUCAUCGAAAGUUAACAUUGUCAGAAAUCGAAGCAGCUAACUUUGAAGAUCAGUGCAGGUGUACUUCACCCUUCGGAUCGACCGCCAGGACGUCUUGCGUCACUAGCGUCACUUCUGAAACAAGCUUCGACGUUAAGGAUUUGUCUAAUACAAACGUCACAUCCACUUUUGCUGCCAACCCUCCACUGUCUUCGCCUCAAAUUAAAAGGACCUCUAUCCGCAGAAACAUUGAAAGUUACGUGCGAGAGAUCAAACUGAAACCUGAAGUGCCGCCGCGUAUAUAUCGAAAGCCCAGCACUCAUAUGGAAUUCCCUAAAAAUGUUCGACAGCCUGUGCCAUGUCAGUGGAGCACACUUAACAUCACUGAACGCUCGAAGCCUAGUCUACAUUAUCACAUGCGAAUAUACCGAGAGAAGCCGGGAGAAAACACGGAUAGAUCCUCCCGGAAAGAUAUUUCUCGCAAUUGCGAUAUUUAUAACAAAGUAAAUAAACAAAGCGGUGAUAAAUCGUCAGCACCACAAAAAACCCGAUCCCGCAGUGAAGAUCUAUCGAAAAUGCAGAAGGGUCUGACGGAAGCUCAGUCUGGCUUCAUGGUGUAUCGAUCAGACUUGUAUGCCCAUUGGUGGAUGAAAGCCAAAUUACCCAUUACCGUGGUCACCGACUCAGGCAAGGAUUAUUUUUUUAUGGCCAUGAGCGACAGCAGUAACGAGCUCGCGUCAGGCCUCACCAACCACAAACGAUCCCACUCAUUCAACAAUCACCAAAGCUACACACAACACACGCAACAGACGCAAAAGAGCAAACAGAAGAACCAAUCGGCGCGCUGGCUUCUCAACUCCUGUGACUCGCUCGACCAAUCAUCGCCCGCUAAAACUAACAAAGUUCCCAUCGGAAAGAAGUUCUCCUCUGUCGACUUUAUCGACACAGCUGACUCAAAUUAUAGCAGUAAAGGAUGGAGCAUAACAUGCCUUCGUCCGGCGCCGCCUCUCAGGCCGCAGUCUUUCACCGUGGGCUCCGAUGAGAACAUCGGUCCUACCCAUCCGUACGCUCCGCACCAGCGGAAGUCCAACUCCUACGAGGAAGAUGCACUUAUACUGAAAGUCAUUGAAGCAUAUUGCACGUCAGCCCGCUGUAGGAACGCAGUGAGCUCUGUGGACUGCGGCCACUUUUCUCUCGGUAAAGUACAAUAUCACGCACCCGCUACUAACAUACCUCACUUUAACUACUCCAAACUACCUGUCGGUCAGAGGAGCGAAACGCCGGAACUUUCCGGUAGGAGCAAGACGACAAAAGUGAAACGUAACAAAAGUUCAUCGGCGGCGGACACUUACUUGUUCCGGGUGCCAGAAGCCCGCAAGCUGCUCUCGGAGCGAAAGUUUCAAUUGAACCGUUCGAACCCUAAUCUUUGGGAUUGUUCGGAGCGUCGUCGGGCGAACUGGAUGGGAGGCUACGAGCGUCGCAGCGGGUCGCAGCCGAGCCUGGCGCCGCUGCGCGCCACGCUGUCGCCCGCGCCCGCGCCGCGCUCCGCGCGCUCCUCCACCUGGUGCUGCGGCUCCUUCGUCAAGCAGCUCACCAAGUCGCACCACUUCGAUUGACACUAAUUGUCCUCCUCCCGAUUGAAGCUCACGAUUUCCCCCUUAAACGUUUUACUGGCUCAUCUAAUUUGAUUCGCCCCAUACCGCUGCCGCAUUGUUCGACUAGAUGUGCGUGAUUGAUCAUGGCGAGUGUCCAGCUUUUUAUGAAUCCUUCAUUCUGUUUACUAACUUCAUUAAAUCCUAACAAGGCUGUAACUAGUCAAAUAACCUUCGAUAUAUAUAAUACAGGAGAAAUUAAUAAAAAAACACCAGCAAAAAUGAUUCUUGUUAGAAUGGUACCCAACAUUUACAGCAAGAAUCAUUUUUGUUGCACUAAUUCUACUGUACAAAAAAAAAACUUUAAGGUGAUGGAAUUGUGACACAUGACAUGCUGUUUAAAGUGCCAUAGACGUAUGCGACGACUGUCGAGAAAUGUUAUCUAUGUGAACAUAGAUUUGUAAUGUAUAAUAAGUAGUAAUGCAUGUGUGCAGUAUUAUACGAAUAGUUGUGAUUUAUUUUCCUUUUAGUUGCUUUUUGAAUUGAGCAGAAAUAAGUUAAUGGAGCUAUAUUACUAGUGCAUAUAAAUGUGCAUGUUUAAUGUAUAAAAGUAUUACACUUUUAUUAUUUAGUUAUUGGGUGUUUCAGUAAUGAAGAAUUAUAUUAUUAGAAUGAAUGUUAUAGAAUCUAGUAUGAGCUUUUUUAUGGUGUUUAUAUAUUAUUUUAUAUUUAAUUUCAUUUAUAUUCUGUAAGUGUACAAAUAUAAAACAUAUUUUCAAUAACGAAACAAAGUCUACUUACCUGUUUGAAUAUUUUUGCUUAAAAAAAUAUAUGUGCACAAAAUAUCAAAUUCUUCGUCAUUUAUGUUUGUAUUUUAUUUUUGUAAAAUAUCUCGAAUUAAUAUUGCCUUUCCUUACGACAUGCGACAGGCACGUAUAUGAGGUUUCGUAGUCAAUAUUAUUUUUGUUAGAACCAGUUGUUGGCAUAAAAUUUCAUGCAUAAAAAUGUCUUUAUUAAUUUUUUUUUCAAAUAAUUAACGUUUUGCCUAUAAAUUGUGAAAAUUACUGUUACAGUUUAUGAUCGUUAAUGUUAGGCAACCAAGGCACAUUGAACCACAGAUAAAGGGACGCGAAGCGUUAACUUUGCCAAGCACACGGUGUCUUAGCGCAAAUGCGCGCACAUUUGCAUGAAUUGCAUCGGCGCGGCCUCAUAACGGCCUACAAAUCACUGAGAUCUCAAAAAAUGACUUGUGAAAAAGUGAACUUGUAGGACGUCUCCGCAAAGUUGCACGUGUUGACGCCCUUCACAGAGAACAGGGAUGUUCCCUAUGGCAAAAACAAAUUAUUUCUUAGUGAUUAUUCGAUAGGCCUUCCAAAAUACCUAAAGUCUACGCCCUGUUAGUUCAAAGUUUAAAACCAUUUUAAAUUAAUUAUUAGUGAUUAUUAAAUUAAUAAGCACGUCACAUUUCAAUUUUUCAUACAAACUUCCAUACUAAGCUCGGGAUUUAAGGUAUGAUAAAGAAUUGCUGAUUUGAUUAGUUGGCAACUUCCCUAUUUGCCACCAAACUAAUGUUCCAACUUUUUCUGUGGCCAUUCGCCAAGAGUUCUAUACAGUUUUCUAUUGCAAAAGAAAACGAUUUCUGGUUUAUUCAGUACAUAUUUCGAGGAAAAUACGUGCUAUGUAUGUAUGUGAAAAUACCUGCUCUAAUCUAAUAGUGAAAUCUAAUAUCAGCUAAACUUAAUAGUAUAAUAAUGGUAUUAUUGCCGUUUAGGGAGCUAACCGUUAUGACAAACAUUCUAAAUUAAUAUCUCAUACUAAGAAACGUUACAAUCUCCACCCACGUAAGCAAUAAAUCUUUAGGUAUAUUACCAUCAGCAUACUGAAAUUAGGCUGUGGGAUUUAAUACAAUUACGAACUAUAACGUCGAUUUAACUAAAACUAAACACUAAUGGACUAUCAAAUUUUAUUAAUGACUAACGACCCGUCCCGGCUUUGCGCGGAUGUAAUAAUAACCUUGUAAUAAUAAAUAAAAUACAAUUAUUACGAACACAACGAAAAUAUAUCAGCCAAAUCCUCAAUAGCUCAACGGUAUAGGAGCGGACUGAAAUAAUUGCGAAAGAUCGGUGGUUCAAACCCCACCCGUUGCACUAAUUGUCAUAUCCAUUCCUAGCACAAGCUUUACGCUUAGUUGAAGGAGAAAGGGGAAUGUUAUUCAUAAUUAAAAUGGCAAAUAUUCUUUAAAAAAAAUCUGUCGAGCAGUUCUCAAGUGAUGAUCAUUGUGAUUCAUGCGGCAAAUUUAUUUUUUUAUUAAUACAGAUUUAGAUUUUUUAUAUUAAUGUUUUAACUGACUACGUAACCUUAUACCUACUUAUUCAAUGCUUGCAACAUACUAGUUCAUUACCUCAUUCAUUUAUAAUCAUGACGUUCUAAAAAGGCAUUUCAAUUUUUUUUUAAAUUUGCGUCAUAAGACAUUACAAGUAAAAAAAAACAAUUGCGGUCAUUUAGAUAGACUGAUUCCAGAAGAUAAAUUUUCUUUCUUAAUAAUAAUAUAUUUUUACGAAGUUUCCUAUUCUUCGCUCAUUCAUUCAAGUCGUCGCCUCAAGAUAGAAUGCAUAAAACUAGUCUUCCAUUGAAGUUAGUGUUCCACAGAUGAUUGAACCGUCUUGCUUUACAAUGUAUUUUUUUUACUUUGUGAAAUAAGUUUGAAAGCAUUUGUUGAUGAUGAAAGAUAGAUGCAAAAUGCAAAUAGAUUAUUUUAAACGUUAACAAUAUUAACAUUUAUAGAAAUACUUAUAUUUUUUUAUUAUUGUGAUUCUGACAUAUUAACCUAAACCAAAAAUUAAAUCAAAUGAAAUGCUUAAUUUUUAAUUUAAGUGAUUAAGUGAUGAGUAAUUUAACGCCUCAUUUACACGAGAGCUUUUUUAAAGUCCGUUAAAAAAGCGUCCAAAUAGAAUAAAUAUAUUCCCAAGUAACUAUAUUAUAUUCACACGUCGACGCUUUUUUACAUCUGAACAGAUACUUGGGAAUACAUAUUUUUUUUCUAUUUGGACGCUUUUUUAACGGACGUUAAAAAGCUCUCGUGUAAAUGAGGCCUUAGUGUAUUAAGUGUUAUGAGAUUCGUCACAUACCUACCUGUCAAACAUUCAUGUUAAUGUUUUUUAGUGCAAACUCACGUUUACAACAAAGAAUAAAUCGUAAACCUUCUGUGAGAACAAAACUGUAUACCUAAUGCAUUAUUCAUAACUUUAUAUAACGGUAAUGUGCUAUGCGGUAAAGUUGAAGCUAAUAGAAAUGAGCCGCGGUAGUUAUUUGAGUGUGCAGACUCACUAGGUAAUCACAGUGGACGGGUCUGCAGCCGUCAUGUGCAUUUGUUAAAUAUUUAAUGGCGGCGCUAUAGCAGCAGUGCUUCGUACCUAAGCCGAAUACGUAUUAGCCUACUUCCACUACACAACUUAUCCCAUUUGUAAAACGGAGUGAGUUUUCCGCCUUUUCGAUCUCAUGAUUUCUAUUUUGUUAAUACUCGUAGAACUGAGCGCAAACAUGUGCGACCGUUCUUGCCUUUUCUGUAAUUGUUUCGGAUUGAAAUUAGCUCUCGAAUUGGGCCGCUCAUAACAAUGCAAUUUUAGUACGGUUUGACGUGUUCCGUUCCAAACUGAACAGUGUCGAAUUAAUCAGUAGAUUCUAUUAGAUAGUUAUUAUUUAAUCACUAAUUCUUAGGUUUAGAUGAAGAUUUAUUUUUUUAUAGAUCGUUUCAUGUUUCAAGUCCGUCAAGCUAUUUAUUUCAGUACUAGAUCAUGCCCGCGGCUUGGCCUCCACGGAUUUUGGUUUUAAAAACUCUGAGUGUUCUUUGAUUUUCCGGGCCAAAAAGUAGCCUUUGUUCGUCCCCGGGAAGCAAGCAUCUUUGUUCCUUUCGUCAAAAUCGUUUAAACGGAUGGGCUGUGAAAAGCUAGCAGACAGAUAAACUUGCAUUUAUACCUACCUACUAUUAGUAUGGAUAGUGACGGACGGACUAUAGUCGCACCAAGGGCUCCACCUUACACCAUUUUGAUACGGGCAGUUACCUUUUUUAUCUCUCUCGUCUGGCUUUACAAAGAUUAGCCAAUGUCAAGUUUGUAUAGUUAUUUGUAACAAGUAGGGAAACUAUACAAGUAUGGACCCUGUCUGUGCCGACGCUCGCCGACACACGCACG